AAUGUAGAUAGUUAUUAAAAAAUACAACACUUACUCCUAGUUUUGUCCAUCGUUGAUAUAUAAUAAUACGAAAGAUAAAAUUUUCAAUUAGUAAUGUUAUAGAUCGUUUUAAAAGCAACUUAGAGUUUCCAGGAGCGUUAAACUGGACUUUGCAAGUAGUCUUCAAACUAUCGUCAAAGAAUAAUGUCGUAGAUGGUUUCCUCUUAUAGAAUUGAGGUUAAGUGUAAAAAAAAAAUGAGACAGACAACUGCAUUGUGGAAAAGAAUUCCACAAUCCGAAAAAAAAGUACCGUUUCGAGCAUAUAAGCCUUUAGUUUUGAAUGAUUAUGUUAAAGGAGGAGGAAGUGCAGCGACUGAAAAAAAUUGUUUAUAUGAAAUAUCGCUACUGUUCAAUUGUUUGCAAGAUAAUGAUUUUGACGACAAAUCUUGUGGAGAGCAGAUAAAAAAUUUUAAUUCAUGUGUGCAAAAUUAUAAGCAGACUAAAUGUACACAAAAGAAAUCACGAUUACUUAAGAUGCCUGAACCUGGUAGUAACACGUACACAAGUGGACAGCUUACUUAUCUUUUAAAAAAAUAUCCAAACAUUUAAGAAAUUAUAAGAAACAUUAUAUCAUUAUUAUAUGUAAAAUAUAUUUAUAGUAGUAUAAUUUUUAGCUAAUUUUUUAAAUCAAACUUCCAAUUCUUUUGUAACAUAUUUGUGGACAGUAAAUGUUUUAAUGAGCUAUAAAAAUAGUAAGUACUGAGUUGCAGUACUCUGAGGGUGAAAGUAGGUAAUAAUUUCAAAAAAUUAAAACUAUAUAGAAUUAAAUGUAUGAUAAUUUGACUUAGAAAUUUGAAUGUUAUAGCACUCAUGUCAUUUUAUAUCACAAUGAAAAUAAAGGCUAUAGUAUUCACAUCCGUGCAUAUGUUAAGAUACUUUUAAUUAAAUUAUCAUUACUUAGUACAUUAUAAAAUAAAAUUAUGAAACAGUAAGAAAUACAUUAUAAAGAAUUUUCCAUUUUACUCUGUUUAUUUUGUUGAGACUGUACACGUUUUAAAGCCAAUCGUGCAGAGUAACCUGUGUAUACAAAUAAAUAAAAUUAAUUUGAAUUUUUGUUCUAUAAUACAAGUUGAUUCAAAUUAGUUGUACAUACGAAUGGAAUGAUUGGUAUUACAAAUGGUUGUAACUUCCUGGAUAGUAUUUAGUUGAUGUUCAAUGCGUUUUAAUGCCUUAUAGUUUUCUAUCUGUUCAUCUCUAUAACGGUGGUAUGUACAGAACAACGUAAUUAUACAUAAACCAAGAGCUAUUUUUCUGUACAUCCAUGUUGUGCUCACUAAACUUUCCUAAAUUAAGUAAUAACAAUCUUAUUUAUUUCUUAAGUUCAAAUUUACAACACAUAUAAAAAGCCUGUUUUGUAUUACCUUAUUAUCUUCUGAAUGAAACAUAGUAUUGCCAUAAUAUUGAACUAACAUGCGUUCCAUUAUAACAUUUACACUCAAAAUUAUAAAAAGCGUUAUUCUAGCAUUUGUUGUCCUUUUAGAAGAACUAAAUAGUGCACACAAAAUACAACUAAUAGUGUAAUACAUAAUGGAUUGAAACCAUGAAACUUCACCAAUAAUCCAAUUUUGAAAAGUGCGUAGAUAUGAAAAUAUUUCAAACAAUAAUUCUUUUUGAUCUUUUGCUGUUUCUCUGCAAAUAAUAAUAAUUUUUAAUUUUUGUAAUAAUAAAUUAAAAACGUAAAACUAAAUACGCAAAAUUAUUAUUAUAGUUAGCAAUUAUUGGAACACAAGUAUUGUUCGCAAAUAUGUAUA